AUGUCCGCGUGCGAGUGGCGCGUUCGCGUCGCGCCCCGCGCGGCGUCCCUCGCACCUCGGAUCCGCGCGUGGACCCGCGCGCCGACGCCGCCUUUCACCCCCGGCGCGCACGUCGGAGUUUCCAACAGAAAUCGCGCGCCGGUGCCGCAAUUAAUCGCCGUCGGGACGAGGGCGUUCGCCUUCGAGGCGUUCGCGUUCGCCGCGCAGGAGGAGAAGGCGCGCUCGUCAGAAGGCACGUCGCGAGACGAGACAUCCGCGACGUACCCCGGCGACGACGCCAGGACCGCGCGGCUCGAGCAGCUGCAGAACGCGUACACGAACCGCGCCCCGUCUAUGGGAUACAUGGCACCGAAGUUGCCGGAGCGGUACUUUGUCCGCGUUGAGCCCCCUGUGGUGGGUUCGGGAAAGACCAGGAUCGUCGUGACCCUCGGCGCGGACGACGGGACCGGCGCGGGCGGUGAGGUGGUCGGGUGGGUCACGUGCUGGGUGAAAAAAUCAGGCGCCAACGCGCUCCUGAGCCCGGGCGCCGUCGCAGAGGGCGACGCCUUGUUCCUGUCCAGCGUCGAGGUGAAAAAGUCGCACCGGCGGAUGGGCAUCGCGUCGAGGCUCCUUCACGAGGCCGAGGCCCUGGGCUCGCGCUCGUUCGGCUGCGACUUCGCGACGCUCACGGUGCUCAAGAACAACGACGCCGCCAUCGCGCUGUACGAAAGCCGCGGAUACGCCAUCGACGACGGGUCGCGGUUGGACGCCGCCCGAAAGCUCGCGUCGGUCCUCGCCGAUCCGCAGCGUCUGGUGCAGCACAGGAUGACCAAGCGGCUGGGCGGGAUGACCGGGGGCGGGACGACGAACGGCGCGGAGGAGGGAUGA